UAUUAAAUAAGAAAAAUGAAAAAAAGAAUAUGGUUAACUAUACUUACUGGGUUCUUGUGGAUGUCUUUGUGGAUUUGAGCCUUGAAUUUCUAUUUUCCAGCUUUGACUAUCAUUGCAUUAGUAUUAAGCGUGCUUUGGAUUACAGAGUUCAUGAGGAAUGUGGUUAAUUUGGCAGUCAGUAGAGUAAUCUCUCUGUAUUAUCUUAGAGGAAUGCAGUCUAGUACUCAAUUUUGUUUUCAAAGAGCUACGACUAUAAAUCUUGGUAGUGAUUGUCUGGGGUCUCUAUUUGUGCCAGCAAUUAAAGCGCUGAGAAUUGUUGCCCGAGGUUUGAAUUUGCUCGAGGGAGAGGAUGAGUUCAUGUUUUCUUGUGCUCAUUGCUGUCUUGCAGUCAUGAACUCCAUUUUCAGAUUUGGCAAUGGCUGGGCCUAUGUACAGAUAGCCGCAUACGGAAAAAGCUUUGUGCAAGCAUCACAGGAUACUUGGGCACUCUUCGAGAGGCAAGAUAUGGAAAGGAUUGUAGAUUCUGAUAUUACAAGCUCAAUUUGCUUUCUUACAGGAGUAUGCAGUGGCUCCAUUUGUGUUAUUGUAGUUGCUGCUUGGACUCAUGAAUCAUAUCAACCUUUCACAGCCACAGUUUCCCUUCUGGCUUUUUUCAUUGGAUACCUAAUGACAAGAAUUGCUAUGGCAUUGCCCCAUGCCUGUGUGAGCUGCUACCAUGUUUGUUAUGCAGAAAAUCCUGACAACAGAUUAUUCGAUAAAACAAUCAAAGAACGCCAAGAAUUGAUAAAAUCUGGCUGCGAUGUGGUGGUUCCGACGCCUAGAGUACCCCGGCGGUUUGCAUCAUAGUUCAUAAGCCAAGGCAAGAUUUUUGCUGGAAAAUGUACAGAAGCAAAUUAAAAUUUGUGGUCACAGGUUGAACAUACUGUCAAAAAUAGUCCCUUUCAAUUUGGGGUCCAAUAAUUCAGAAUUCAGCUAAUCAAGCUAGAGAUGAGACAAUUUAACAUUAUCAUAUUUGCAUAUUCAUUUUAGGAUAUUCCUUAUUCCUUGAUUAAAGAGUUCCUCCAUUAUUUUAUUUA